AUGAGUUCAAUUGAAUCUGCUUCCAUGCCUGGUACAGAGGUCUCUGAAAAAACUCCUGUUGACUUUGGAACCAAAGCUGUUUCAUUAAAGGCUCAAACUGAUUCUGCAAGGUUAUUGCAAAACACCAGCCAAAUUAGAAGUGUUUCUGCACAUGGCAAUAUUAGGCCAACAUUGGCUUUAAAUACUACUCUUACAUCUACUCCUGUUUUGUCUAGCAUUGCACCUCCAAAAGCAGUUGUAACAAGGGUAGCUGCUACAUCUGCAGAAAGUAAUAUUUCAGUAAUGGGGUCUUUAACUAGACCACCUCUUCCUGCUACAGCUGUGUCUUCUGUAUCUCAUGUUACAACAUCAUACCAUGUACCAAGAGGUUCCGUGCAAGUUUCUAAUAUAACAAGUAGACAAAAUCAAGGUAGAUCAUUUGUUACUCUUCAGCCUGUUGGGAUGUCUUCAGCUCCUACUACUGGCACAAGUUUUGUGCCCAGUGUUAGAACAUCUAGUCCCAGUACAACAGCUCCAAGGGUUCCAAGUCCAAUGCAACAAUCGUCUAAUUGGUCAUCGAAUCCAGCAAAUAAUGUUAUUACUGUUCCACGUUGUAUUUCUCCAAUUACUUCUAUUUCUCGUGCUUGUUCUAUUCCUUCAAGAACAUUAGUAUCAACAUCAAAGCCUCUAAAUCAACAACAAAUUCAUAGAACAACAGAAGCUCCUAGACCUUUAUUAUUGCACGCACCUGCACAAAAGCCACUUCAUAUAUCUACAGACAAAUCUAUAAAAGUUCCGUCAGUCACUCAGGUGUUGCCUUUAAGGCCACCAUCUAUAACAAAUUCAGGAUUUAUUGGACAAAAACAGGGUUCUACAAUUGUGCAGAGUGCCGUUUCUUCCACUACCGUUUUAACUACUCCAGUCCGUCUAAAUGUUUCAAAUUCUCAGCCACCAUUAAUAUCUACGCAAAGAGUUGCAAUGUCUGCUACUCCGGGUACUGUAUUGGCUUCUCGAAUCACGGUUCCCACCGUAACAACUGGAACUGCUCAAGCUGUGACUUUAAGCGGCCAACCACGCAUUCCCAGCGCUCUCGGUCAAGGGACGGUAAUUGCUGCAUCAAGUAGAGUAGGAAGUAACAAUGCGGUUUCUCAAACAACAUCUGUGAUACCAGCACAAACACGACUGGUUGCAGGGCAGAAUACAAUUAUUGCAACUCCCGCCAGAAUAGGUACACAAAUUGUUGGAGCCCAACCAGCGGUACUGACAGCCACCGCCAGAAUCGCGAGUGCCGGCACUACAGUUCUGUCAACGUCAAAACCCACAAUGAUUAGUUCUCAAACUGCUGUUAUGACUACUGCUACAAGAAUGCCUGUAACAGGCGUAUCCAAUCACCAACCUACUACCACCAGAGUUAUGACUUCGACAACUAACAGUAACCUCACCAGGUUUACAGUCUCAACGGCGAUGCCAUCCACGAGGUCUACUACUUCAAUAACCAGUCAAAUUACUGCCGCCACAACAACUUCAAGAUUAUCUUCUACGCCAAGUCAAUCAACAGGAAUUGUAGUUCACCCCCAAAUCAUGGUCAAUGCUACUAAGUCACUUCAUGGUGCCAAUCAUUUGACUGGUAGUAGACCUCUAAUUACCCAGGCAUUGCAUGGACCGAUACAAAUAACUCAAUCUCCUGUAAAUAUAGCUUCUUCUAAAGUUAUAACUCAGCCCUCUCAAAAUGCUCUUCAAACUACUAUUACAACAACUGUUGCUAGUAAGCCAAUAACAACAAGACCUGUUGCAGUAGUAGCGUCGCAAUCGAUUUCCAUUGCCAAAAUAUUUCCUCAAAGUUCAGGAACUACGACAACUGUUGCCGAUAGCGAGGUUUCUGCUUCUCAAUCAGUUCAACCUCCUUCUUCCAGUGUAUAUAUUCAUAGAACCUUAUCAUCACCUGGUCUUGUGUGCACAGCUUCAUCACUUGCUUCUACUAAUGCCCCAACACUAUCGACGUACACUUUACCAGGAGGAGCAUCUUAUUUUUAUGAAGCACCUAGUGGUUACCAACUUGCAACCGAUGCUCCAUUAGUAGCACGUCCAUUAUCUCCUGAUACACCUUUGGUAUCCAGACAGUUAUCAUCAGAAGGACCCCUUAUAGCCAGACCUUUUACACCCGGCAGUAACACGUUUGUGUCUCAAGCAUCGAAUAGUGCGGGAAGCUUACGUUCUAAUACUAUUUCAGGGCAUGGCCUGAUUGCAGCUCCUCAACAUAUGCGAUUUAAUUCGGUUAUGAUUGUCGAUCAAGCCGCUGUGACUGUUCAGCCUAGUUAUUCCAGUGAGAAUUCUACUCUUAUGAUCAGUGAAAGCCCUCUAACCUCAGUGUCUAAAUUAAACUCAUCUCCUCGUCCUAGUAUAUUAAGAAAGCGUGAUAAUGAAGCAUCUCCAGCCAAAGCUACAAAAAAUUUAACUCCUGUUUUAUCAUCAACAUCUGUAAGUCGAAGUGCGUCGCCUUCUCCUCCUUCUUUGCAUGUUGACACUAAUCAACAAUCGAAUGACCAUGGGCCUUCCUCGAACGGAUCAACCACUAUUUCCGCAACUUCUUCUCCGGGACCCGAUGAUCCAGCAGAGAACAUAAUGCCCGUCAUCAAAACUGAAUUCAAUGAAGAUGUUGAUAGGCCACCUGUAGAAAUGAGCCCUAGAAAGAAACCGAGAAAGCAAUUAUUGAAUGAUGCAAACGAUGCUAUCGAAAUGGAAUUUAUUAGCGACGAAAGGAUAAAAAAGGAGAGGGAAGAUGAAGACGUGCCGGCUGAUAAAGUAUAUGUUGUGAAAAGGCCUAAUGUUUCAUUGUUACAUAGCUACAAACAUAAUUGGAAAUCUCGCCACAAUCACUUUUUACGAUACAGCGAUGUAAAGCCUAAAGAUGAAAGACGGCCGACCGUUACGGAUUUGGCCAAUCAAAAGCAAGUUGUUCAAAAGGUUAACGGGUGGAAAAUAUAUCAUUUGAGUACUCAAAUGGAAGAUUUAGUAAUCCGAAAUGGAGUCACACGUUUUGGAUCGUUUAUCCAGCAUGCUCCAAGCAAUGGACAGGAGUCUUUGCAAAGAUAUCGAGAAGAUGUAAAUCGAGUUAACGAUCUUAUUAUGGGUAAUAUUCAAAGGAGUAAAGUAAUUAAAGAUCAAAUGCAGGAAGCUAAAACGCAAAUGAUGAAAGUAUUCGAUCAUAAAGUUCACGUUUCUGAAAUAAUAAGCAGAUGUGCAAGUAAAAGAAAUUUUAAGAAAAGAGAUAAAGUGCCCAUAAGUGUUAAAAAAAAUAAACUGUGA